UCCUGCUCAUGGUGGUUUCUUACAGGGGGCAAUCCAUUAGUUUCAGAGAGCUUACAUCCUGCUGCAACAGAAGCACAUCCUUUACACGCACCUUCGUCCAGUUGCUCAUCAUUUUCAUCCUCUAACCUUGAUACAGAGAUUAUUAUGGGAAGGAAGAGGAAGCCUGAUCAUCCCCGGCGCAUGAUGUCUGAUGUGGUACGUAAGAGGACAUCAGCGGCACCACCAUCGGAGGAGGCAUCAUAUCGACCAUCAUCAGAAGGGCCAUUAGUGCCACCACUAUCUGACCAGCCACCGCAGCGACCACUAUUAGUGGCACCACCAUUAGAGGAGGCAUCACAACGAGCACCAUUAGUGCCACCGUAUCGACCACCAUUAGUGGCACCACAGCAGCUAUCAUCUACUCAGCCUCCACGCCUACCAUUGGUGCGUCCACCAUCAGUGGCACCACCAUUAGAAGAGGCAUCACAGCGAACACCAUCAGAGGGGCCAUUAGUGCCACCGCAUCGACCCCCAUCAAUGGCACCACAGCAGCUAUCAUCUACUCAGCCUCUAGGCCUACCAUCGAUGCGUCCACUAUCAGUGGUACCGCAGCAGCUAUCAUCCCGACUAGAGUCAUCGGCUUAUGAGCCAUCCGCAGACCCUUCGACUUCUUCACAGCCUCCCUCAGGUCAUGUUAGUUCUUUAUCAACCUCGAGUAGGCGUGGUAAAGGAUGUGCCAAGGGCAUUAGGGAGUGGGGUACUGGUACAAAGUUGGACAUACAAUUUGAUGAAAAUUACUGUCCAAUAAGGGAUAACGUGUCUAAGUUAACUACUUAACUUUGCAUUAUUGUGCGAAAUGGUAACAUUGUUCCUCUUACUUUUCUUGACUGGAACACUGUGCCUGGUGACAUUCUUGAUGCUAUCUGGAAGGAUAUGAAGGACAAUUUGAAUAUAUGUCCAGAGGAGUACAAACCAAUUUGCAUGAAAAACUGUAACAGCAUAUGGAAGGAUCACAAGAAUAAGAUUAAGUCUAAGUAUUUCAAGCCUAGAAGCGAAGAUCCUAAUCUGAAGGAUGAUGUUCCUUUGCACAUUGUGCCAAGCCAGUGGGAAGAACUUGUGGAGUAUUGGCGUACUUCUGAUGCUGAGGUAUACAAAUAAGUUAUAUGUAUGAUAUGUAAACAUACAAAUCAUAUUUAUAUACUUACAUUUGUUGAACCUGUUAUAGAAAAUUACAACUAA